AUGCGCCGCUGCUCCCCUCGCUCCCCUUACACCCCUCCCGUACGACUACUCUCCGCCCAGACCAUCGUGGGACUCGAUACAAGACGCCGCAUAUGUACUCGCUGUAUAAUAUCAACAAGGGCAUGUGAGAAGCGACCACGGAAUGCGACCAGAUCGUUAAUAGCGGGUCGAAGGCCCUCCUCUAUUGUCCUGACACGACCCGCUCUGCCGCCAAGUAGAUUCAGACAAUACGCGAGCGUUACGACGGUCGAUUCUGAGAAGAUCCAGGGAACCGAUUUAUAUGGUCCGAUCCAAGAGUACGAUAAGCGAGUCCGGGAAGGGCGUCUACGAGAGGAUAAACACCAACGCGGUAUCAUACAGAAUUUACAGAACCUGCACAAUGACCUAGUCCAUUACCGAGCGAGACCGGUUGUCCGUCCGAGCCUCGAUACCUUAAAACCUACUAAAUCUUUAUUCUCAUGGUUUGGCCCUAAGAUAGGCAAUAGUGCUAUACAAGAGAUUCCAAGUGAUCUGCCGCGAGGGUUGUACUUAUAUGGCGACGUUGGGAGUGGGAAGACGAUGCUGAUGGAUCUCUUCUACGAUACACUGCCAAGCUCUGUGCGGUCUAAGACGAGAAUACAUUUCCAUAAUUUUAUGCAGGAUGUGCACAAGAGGCUGCAUCGGAUGAAGAUGGCACAUGGGAACGAUGUAGAUGCAGUUCCGUUCGUAGCUGCAGAUAUCGCAGAACAGGCGAAUGUACUGUGCUUCGACGAGUUUCAAUGCACCGACGUAGCUGAUGCGAUGAUUCUGCGGAGGCUCCUUGAGUCCCUGAUGUCCCACGGGGUCGUUUUAGUCACGACCUCGAACCGUCACCCAGACGAGCUCUACAAGAAUGGCAUACAGCGGGAGUCGUUCGUUCCGGCGAUUCACCUUCUAAAAGCGCGUCUGCAUGUCAUCAACCUGGACUCGCCUACUGAUUACCGCAAGAUCCCGAGACCGCCGUCCGGGGUGUACCACACACCGCUUGACAGCCAUGCGGCGUCGCAUAUAGAUAAGUGGCUCCGUUUUCUGGGCGACCCAGAUAAGCCAGAGCCUCGCCCAGAAAUCCAAAAGGUGUGGGGUCGAGAUAUCCACGUGCCGAGAGUCAGUGGCCGCUGUGCUUGGUUUACGUUUGAUGAACUGAUCGGCCGUGCGACGGGUGCCGCCGAUUAUCUCGAGCUGAUGCGCUGCUACGACGCGUUUAUAAUCUCGGACGUGCCCGGUAUGACGUUCCGGGAGCGCGACUUGGCGAGACGGUUCAUCACGUUCAUCGACGCUGUUUACGAGUCUCGUGCCAAGCUCGUCUUAACCACGGCCGUUCCGCUGACCCAGCUAUUCAUCUCACCUCAGGAACUACGCGAAUCCCUGAAAAGGGAAGGCAAGGUCGUAGCUGAAGAGGAUGAUGAAUCUGCUAGUCACGCGAUGCAGCACAUGCUAGAAGAUGUGGAUAGUAACAUUGACCAGCUGAAAAGUUCCAGUCUCUUCUCCGGCGACGAAGAGCGUUUUGCGUUUGCUCGGGCGCUCUCAAGACUGACUGAGAUGUCUAGCCAAGAAUGGGUCGAGCGUGGAAUGGGACUUGAACAGUCAGGAGGGAAGUCAGAAAGAGACGGCUGGAUGAAGGCCCGUAGUCGGCAUAUGGAAGACAAUAUGUGA